UACUAAAGCAACAUGGCCGACUUUGGAGAUGACCUUCUCUUUGCGGAGUUUGAAAAAGAUCGUUUGCCUAAAAGUAAAUUCAUUCAUAAAAAUGGACACAGGGAAGCCCUUGAAGGUACAAUGGACGAGGAACUGGACCAUUUGGAUAGAAACACAAGAGAAACAGUAAUAAAAAAUAAUGAUGACAAUGACUUAAAUUCAGUUUCAGAGUUUUCGGCUUCAUCGUCACAAUUCAAAACCGAAACUGAACAAGAACAAAGUGAUGGUCAGGACGGUGGAACAACGAAAUCAAGAAAAUCAGACAAAUUUUCAGAUAUGAAUUUACAGCAACAAUUACGGAGAUUGGAAGCAGAGAACAUAAAAUUAAAGCAAUAUGCAAAAUUACUUGAUGUAUCAAGGUGUAUGCCAGAAGGAGAAGGACCAAGUUUUGAAGUAUUGUUUUUUAAUACAAAGGAUUCAAGAAAAUUGCAUUCCAAGAUAGAGAUGGCUAUAGGUGCUUUUUUUGAACAGUUAAAGAAUGAUAGUGACAUACCAUCUUUGAAGCUAAGGCCCUACCACAGUUAUCCCUGUUUAGAUAACAAACUCGAAGCAGACACUGCUGAUUCUAAAGCCACUGUAGUAGGCUGUUCACAAUACCACUCUGACUUCUUAAUAGACCAAAUGGGCUGGCCUCUUAUAGAGGACAAACCAGAGCUGACAGAUGGAUGGGAUAUCCCACAUUACGAACAGAUAUUUAAAGAAUCAAUACCAGUGGAAGAAGAGGAAAGCAAUGCACCUAAAAGACAGAAAAGGCCUAAAGCUGCUUGUUUCAACUGUGAAGGUGAUCACAAUGUGAGUGAAUGCCCUGUUAAGAAAGACUUUGCCAGAAUUAACAAAAACAAGCGCGAGUUCAUGGAUAAGUUUUCUUCUCCAGCACCUCUGCAGUUGAAAAAUGGGCGCUAUCACAUAGAAGAAGAUCCCAGAUUUGCAGACUUUAAAGCUGGUGUUCUAAGCAAGGAUCUUCGUAAGGCUUUGGGUCUUCACAGGGAUGAGCUUCCGCCUUACAUCUAUCAAAUGCGCAUCCUAGGCUACCCACCAGGUCAUCUAAGGGAGGCAGAGCUCCGCACAUCUGGUCUGGUCAUGUUUGACAAGCAUGGAAGAGAAACCAAUGUUCAAGGGGACAGCAUGGAAGAUGGUGAGGUGGAUGAUGAAAUGGACCCAACCAAAGUGCAAUAUGAUGCAGAAAAGGUGGUUGAAUAUCCUGGAUUCAAUGUACCACUUCCUGCAGGAGUGAGAGAUGAGCAUGGGAUGCCACCAAUGAGGAUUGAACACCAGAAAGAAGUGCUGGUGGCAUUUAUGGCUAAUCAGGGAAUGAAAAGAAAACUUGAGGAAGAUGAAAAUAAUAAGAGGAAGAAGAAACCACGCUAUGCUUUAGAAGAUAUGGAUUUGGAUGAAUCUGAUGAUGGGUCUGCGGUGGUACCUGUGUCUGGUGAGGAUGAGGGCAUACAGCAGCCAGGAACACCAGAUGUAGACCCACAUAGCCGCACUAAUUCUUCCCAUAAUUACAUAUUCUCAACACAGUGCAUGUCUUUAGCCCCUUUAACAGAUGCUAAUACUCUCCAAUCACAACCUUUAUUAAGUUUGACGAAUCCAGCCAAUAAUUCACAUUCUCUCAGUAUUCCUUUACAUUUGACUCCUCAGCAACCAUUUUUAACUUCACAUAGCUUUCCUCCUCUAGAUUUGCCCUCUCACACCCUUGACCCUCCUUUAUCACCAGAAGCAUCGCCUAACAACACAGCCCUCCUGCCUUUGCCUGCUGAAAUACCACUCCACACCAUAUUUCAGCCCCCAUUGCCUACUGAGACCCCUCCGUUUGUCCCCGCUCUACCCCCUUUACCUGCUGAAACACCUCCCCACAUCCCAGCUCCACCCCCUUUGCCUGAUAAUACACCUCCCCACACACCAGCUCCACCCUCUUUGCCUGCUGAACCACCUCCCCACACCCCAGCUCCACCUCCUUUGCCUGCUGAAACACCUCCCCACACCCCAGCUCCACCUCCACCCUCUUUACCUGCUGAAACACCUCCCCACACCCCAGCUCCACCCCAUGUGCCAGCUAAUACACUUCCCCACACCCUAGGUCAAAAUGCUGUGACAGCUAAUUCACCUCCCCACGCUCUUGUUCAAAACCCUUUGCCAGCUAAUACACCUUAUUACACACCAGCUUCUUUCCCUUUGCCUGCUAAUACACUUUCAAACGUACAGGUUCCAACCACAUUGUCUUCAGAAGCUCUUGCUGAACCUGAACCCAGUUUAAAUUCUCCUUUAUCUUUUGGUAAAAACCUUCAAGUCUGGACACAAGAACUGUCUGUUUCUUUGAGCACUUCUACUAGUGAAGAGAGCAUCUCUCACAAUUUCCAGACACUAACAUAUUUUGAACAGCAAGGACCCCCUCAGAAAUUUGAUGACUAUCAAUCAUUUGGUGACUGUGCAAACCUACAGUUAUCCCCUAACUUAAAUACUAAACUGUCUAGUGUGGGUAAACAAGUUUCCAGUGGGUGCUGCCAGAGGUAUUAUGGAUUGUAUGAAGGACAAUGUGAAGCAGCAGGUGCCCCAUCUCCUGAAUGUUCCAAGACCUCGUAUAAUUUAGACUCACAUAUGUUUGACAUAGGUGCUGCAGGAAUUGAGCAAAAUCCCUCCACAUCUUCAAGCCGCAGAAGCUCAGUGCAAUCAGAGAGUGAUGUCCAAAAAAGUGUACAGAGCAGGUUGUCUGAUGAAGAGUUCAGGUGUCCAGGGAGUAGAAGUGGCAGUGUGAGUCACCAGUCAUCAUGUCAGGGGACCAGAGAAGGUACCCCUUCUGACAUAGAUGACUUGGAAGAACAACGUAAGCAGCUGCUGGCUCAAAUCAUGGCUGAGGAAGGUGAAGACAGUGAGGUUCAAGUGAUUGACAGUUGCUCUGGAGAUGAAAGUGAGAAUGUAGGGCAGCAGUCCCCUCCACAAAGUCCAGAUGAUACAGAAAGAGGACAAACUUUGGAACAAAGUGUUGCGGCACAAAAUACCUCGUUUCAGUCGUGGUCAAACACCCCUCAGUCACAGUCACGCAGUUCAUCUGUUGGUCUAUCUUAUGGAACUCCAAUUCUGGAGACUUCACUCAGCACUCCCUCCAAUCUACCUUCAGCAGAUCUCUUUGCCAAAGACAUCACUGAGCAUUUACCUUUUGAAAAUCUGCCAGAUUCUGUGGGCACCUUUAACAAAUUACGAGAUUUACUUGUUAAAGUUAAGGAGGCAAAGUCAAAGAUAAAAAAAUAAGUUUUAGGGAAUAAAAAAAGCCUUCAUUCUCUGCAUUGUAUGUAAACAAAGUGGAUUACAUUUACUUAAGCACAGUUUGUACAUAUAUAAGUGAAUGUUGAUAUUUUAAUUUGGAUAUGAAAUGUCCAGUGGGUGAUUUGCAAGGGUGCAUUUUAGAAGUCCCUUUUUAGUGAAAGGGUGUCAGCAAGUCCCAUAAAAAAUAUCCUUUUUUUUAAGUAUUUUAUUACAUUUUGUACUUAAUGGUUAGUGUUUGAAAGAUUUUUUAAACUGUAAUACAUCCCAGGUUUAGGGUGAUAGCUAUAAUUUCAACAUUUUGUGCAGCUGUCCACUGGGACCUUUUAAAAUACCAUGUUCAUUGCUAUCAGGGAAGAUGUUUAAAAUAUUUUAUACAUUUUAAAAAUAUAUUAAGAUCAGCAGGGAUAAGUUUCCCCAAUUACAGAUGCAAUGGUUUUAUAAUUUUAACAUACAGCAAACUAAUAAUGCAUACGUUUUGGAACACUCACCAAAAAUUGAAAACACACACAAUACUUCAGUCAAGAAUAGUUUUAUUUUAUCUGUAUAAAAUAAAAAUUACAAGAACUUUUGAUAUUUCACCUAACACUUUCUGAUGAACAGGGGUUUUCUGAAUAGAUUGUUGAAGACAACCCAUUUAUGGUACAGUUUAAAAUAUUUAGGAAGAUGCCAGACUUACAAAUAUGCAAAGUGUCAAGGAAAAAUGGUCAAAUAAACACUUUUCUGUGAGAUCACUUUAAUAUUGUGUUUCAGGUACCAGGAGUUUUUUUGUCAAAACUUGUCAUAAUACUGAUUAUGACCAUUUUCAGGUGAAAAUCCUAUAUGUCAUUGCACUUUUCCACAGAAAUGACCAACCUUGACAAUAUAUCAACUUAUGACUUGUACUUCACAAGUUGUAUGUUCCUUUUCAAAUUAAAAAAAAAA